GAAUUUAUCUUCAACAAGUGUUAUCUAUUGAAAAGACUGAAAAGGCGAAUCCUCUUUUUUUGGUCAUUCAUUGGAGCGAAAAUGGUUGUUAUGAUGAUUCUGCAUCUUCAUAUAGAAAGAAGAAUAUGACAAAUUUACAUAGAUACCUCACAAAAUUGACUGACCGUCAAAUUUGUUUAAUGAGCGAACAUGAUCUGGAAUUCAAGAAAAGCCAAGAGCAAAAGGAAGAUUUCGAAAUUUUUCCUGGAUUCAGAGUCAAUAUUUCAGGAUUGGAGCCACGCCAAGCCCCAAGAAGUGAUUAUCUCAAUAAUAUCCCAUUGAAUUCUUUGGUGGUCGAUUCUGUAUCAAAUCAAACCUUCAUUACGCGUGAAAUUAUUCCCGAAACCAAGUUUACCGAGAGCGGCACUAUACCAUUUAAAUCGACCUUUCUUUUUCGCGAAUAUUUCAGAAGUAAACUAGAAACUCAAAAAUGUGCCCUAAUUUUAGACGACAGCUUAAAAAUGUCAAACCUUGUAGUAAUUGUCAAGGACGGAUUAGGGUUAGAAGAGAUUCUUCAACCAUAUUAUGAUGAAUUGGAUAAACUCGACCAGAGAAGUUUAAGCAAACUUGCAUUGCACAUGCUCAAAUUAGAAUAUAGCGAAUUCGAAAAAUCUUUGCAUGGAGAAUAUGAUUUCAUAGAAGAAGAUGAUAUCCAAUACAUUCAGCAAAAUUAUCCUGAAAUUGUAUCAAAAUUGGAAGAAGUCAUCAAGUUUAUCGACCACAAGCCAUGGAUAGAUCUAAAGUGUCGUUUUCAUCUUGCAAAAUAUUUCUGUGAAAACAAUGCCGAAGACGUUAGUCACGAACCAAUUCCGGACCAAAGACAGUAUUUUUUGGAAAUCUUUUCUGAUAAUUCGACAGGCAUUUAUAACCUGGUCAAAAAGUGCGAAAAAACCACGAACUCGUGGAGUACAUCAUUUUUUAGACGUUCAAAGACAAGUGAUAUUGUGAAGAAAAUCAAAGAAGAGGCAUCUCAGAUUUCUGAUAGUCAAUUUAAGAUUUUACCAAAGCAUCCCAGUACGCAAUUUUCAUUAGAGUUAGAUCGCGAGUUUAAUCAUGAAGAACAUGAACUUGAAAUUCGCGAAGUGGCUCCUUCUUAUUAUACAUGGAAUACUGAAUCAUAUCGACUCUUUAGAGAGACAGAGGCCCUACAUCCAGCACAGUUAAGAAUUACCAUAUAUGGAACAAGGAUUAGCCAGGAAGAUUCUAUGGAAUUAGAAAAAGAUGAAUUCUUCAUACCUACACCUUUACUACAUAGCUCGGGUCGAAAUCCAGGUGUUUCUUUCGAAAUUGAUCCCGAAACAUAUGAAUUUGUUAACAUAUCACAAUUCGAUAAAAAGUUCCUUGUAAUUUUGUGGAACAAAGUUAAAUAUGGCAAUAAAAUGGAACUUUACUUUGAUUCAUUACAACGUCUGCCAAAGAUGAUCGAAUUGCAAACUCCAAUUAAAAAAUUAAAUUCUGGUCCCAAUUCGAAAAUUGCCAUUAAUGAUUCAAAAGGGUUAAUUGCAAUUUAUAGCCCUGAAAAGGCUUUGCUCAAUGUUUAUGGUGUCGAUUAUGAUCAAACAAAUCUCAAUUUGCGCUAUAGGAAUAUUAUACUAUUGCCAUAUUAUAAUGAUAUUGCUCCUGAAAUCAACCAUUUUCUUUUCAUAAGAAAUACUGAAGAUAUUUGUUUUGUUGAAAAUGCUGGCAGAGCAAAGAUUUAUAGUUUAAUUAAUGAUAGUUUUCGUCCCGGAAUCGCUGAUUUUCCGCCUUCGGCUACAAAAAUCUUGAGUACCUCAGAUGGUUACUGCAUUGUUGCCUUUACCGCAGUGCAAGAAGAAUUAAAUGAUAUUGAAAUGACGGAUGCACCCAUCUCGGACGCUGAGAAUGAACGUGUUAACAACGAAGCAUCAUGCGAUAAUACUGAAGAGAUUAGCGAUGCCAUUACCAAUAAUACUGAAGAGAUUUACAAAACCAUUUCCGAUAAAGAUGAAGAGAUUAACGAAUCCAUUUCCGAUAAUGCUGAAGAGAUUAACGAAUCCAUUUCCGAUACUGAAAAGCUUAACGAAACUAAUUCUGAACAACUAUAUGGUUCAGGAGGAUCAGACUUUGUCAAUGCACACAUUUACUUUGUCGAAGGCUUCAGUCAAAAUGCUAAAAAAGUGAUUGUGAUACCUUUUACAAAAUCUUCAAUUGAGACCUUUCAAUUUUCAGUCAUUGGCAAACGUCAAAUUCACUUGAUCAUUCUGAAUCAACAAGGAGGAUUGUUUCAAUCUGUAUUGGUAAAAAUAACUCAUGCUAAAACUCAAUACCGUUUUGAGCGACAAUCUCAAAAUACAACUUUGGGUCAAGUUAAAAUCGAAAAUAACAAAUCAUUAACAAUUUUGGGAAAAGAUACCAUGUUCAAAAGAGAUUUUCGUGUUGGUGAUUAUUUAAUCAUUGGAGAAGAGAAGCGUCAAGUAUCCGAAAUUGUUUAUGAUAAUGUAUUGAAGAUUGUUCGGCCAAGUUUUGAAAAUGUUAAGUUUGGACAGUGGUUAAGUUUCGGGAUUGAACAAAUAACUACCAAUAAUGGUCUUAUUGAUGUUUACGCUAUGGUUUUUACAAAGUACGCAACAACAACUCCUAUUGGGCAAAUUGACAAGCCUUUAAAAGCAACAUUUGUGGUCGACGUAUCUCGGAGUUCUAAAACAAUUUCUACAUAUGAAGCAAAAAUUCGAAAGUAUGUUGAUAAAAUGUUCGAAAAGGUUAAAAAAGAAACCAAAAAACCUUCAGGUCACUUGAAACAUUUUAAAUCUGCGUAUGCAAUUUUUGAGAAUCUUACCCUGGAUGAUGAAAGCACUGAAUAUCUCUUUGGGGAAUGGAUUAUCUUGCUUUUCUGCUUGAUCCCAAUUCAAAUUGCCAUUGCCCGUGAUAACGAAUUUGUUCCUUUACAAGAUGGAGUUUUCUCAUCCGAACUCGACCAGCCCAAUUUUGAUGGAGGAUACGGAUUAAUUGGGAGUGUGAGCAAAGCUAUAUCUUUUGGAUGGUACGAAGCCAUUUUUGAAUAUUACGCAGAUUUAGAAGUUAAAGUAAUAUCGUCGAUGGGCGAGCAAUCUUGCAAAAGUUAUUUACUUAACCAUUGUGUGGGAUCCAUAUUUGACGGUUCUGCCAUGCGAUGUACCGAAGGAGUAUGGAUGUCAGUUGUGAAAACCAAAGAGAUUCUUUAUGUCGCCUUGGAUUUUGAAGGCUUAGCGAGUAUUGAGAGAACUCCGCAGGAAGAGACUUUCAUGCAACUUCUCAAUGCCGCAUUAUCAAAUCUUGUUUUAUUUAAGAGUCAAUUUGCCGUUAGCCGAGACAUAUCUUCAAUGUUUCAACGCUUUCAAGAUGGUACAAAUUAUUUUGGUGAUGAUCCGGAUAUAUUCCAAGCUCGAUUUUGUAUCAUUAUUAAAGAUGUGGCGAAAACUGAUCGAGAAGACAUUGUUGCCGAAUUUCAAUCUAAAUUCUCAAGAAUUGUUGAUCGUGAAGAAGAGGAUAAUUUCAUCACAAAAUUAUAUCGUAAUAAAAUGAGCAUCAUUCCUUGGCCAGUAUUCAAUGAAGCCUCAUUUUAUACAACAUUUAAGCAAUUGAAAGUUAAACUGGACGCUCAAGAUUCUGAGUAUAAUAAUGCUAGAGCUUUUGUCGAAAAAAUCAAGGUGUUAAUGACUAAGUUAAAAGUGUGUGAUUGGGGUAAUAUACAAUCAACUUUAAUCACAAUGCGGGCGUUAGAAAUCAAGAAAUUUCUUAGCGAUGCCAUCUCUUUCGGCUACGAACAAAAAGAAGAAGAUCCUUUUUCUGAUUACGAAGCUCCAGAAAAUGCAAAUACUGACCUUGAUGGACUAGAGCAAAGAGUUAAGCCUCUACAGGGACGUGACGAUGGAACUUUGAUUCCUGACGAUGUAGUACUUCUUUCAGAGAUUUUUGAUGAUAUUGAUGGGUCAGUUAACUUGAUGCAUGAUACUGGACUUGUUUUACUACAGAAUGGAAAAGAUUUUGUAGAACUUUCAAAUGAAAACAUCCACCUUCGAGGAGAAAUACCAGACGGUCAAUGGAUCGAAAAAUAUGAUAAGUUUUUAAAGUUCAUUAUAAAUAGGCGUAUCGGUCGUGUUCAACAAUGGUUCAAUAAAAACACCUCGAGAUUUCCUAACGAUAAUAACGAGAUCAAAAUUACUAGUUAUGCACUUGAACAAGAAAUAACCAAGCUAAAUCUAUUCUGGAACAUUUGUCGACUCCGAUGUGACAGCUGCAGCUUAGCAUGUCUCAAGACGAGUCGUCAUGACGAUAACGAGAAAGACAUGAGUCAUGAUUGUUUAACGGACCAUUUAUGUCAUUUUCGUUGCUUCUUUGAAGAAGCUCAUACCACUGGCACUUUACCUGAGUGCGUUCAGUUUGCUGGUCAUGAAGGAAGGCAUGCUUGCGCACAAAACCAUGCUUGUGGAGCACCUUGCGUUUAUUCCGGAAAACGAAGUUGUCAAACCCGUUGUGCUAAAGAGAUGGGGCAUGAGAAAUCUCUUGGAAAUGAGACUCAUUUAUGUGAAGCUAGUCGUCAUUAUUGUGGUGCUCCAUGUUCGUUAAAAGUGAGUGGUGUUUAUGAAUGCCGAAAUAAAUGUAUAAUUCCUUGUGAAGAUAAUCAUUCCGUUCAUAAAUGUGAAAAUGAAGUAUGUCCGAUUGAAUGUCCACUCGACAAAUGUCAACGAAAAUGCGAAAGUAGAGACCAUUUUCAUUCCUUCGAGAAAGAUGCACAACAUUUUUGCGGAAACGAACAUCAAUGUCCAAAAGAUUGUGAAGAAAUUGGGAUUUGCAAAAUCGUAACCGAACCCACCGCGAUGAUUAAAGAACAAGCCGAAUAUGUUAAUAAGUUUGGCAGCUUUAUGUUCACAAAGUAUUCUCAAACGUUCCAAAGGCUUCAAUGUUGCAAAAAAAUUCCUUCUUAUAAAUUCGAGCAUGAAGGCAAACAUGUCCAUGAAAUAAGAAAGCUACAUGUAUGUAAUACAUCAUGCCCUAAUGAUAAGGGUAAGCAUAUUAAAGAAGAAAAUGACAAGCAAAAUUUUCAUUACUGUGAUAUCAAGUGUCCGAAUUGUGCCUACUAUUGCAAUUUGCCUUACGAUCACGGUAGAAUGCAUAAUACAGAACAUUAUACUGUCCAUGGAAAUAUGCUUAUGACCACCUUUACUUGUGAAGAGGAGGAAUUCGAAUUUGAAGGACAUCGUUUGAAUGUUGGAGAUCACGGUGAUUUUGUUCUCUGUCACAAAUUGUGUGAAAAUAUGGGUCGUCAUCGGCAUAUCGAUUUUUGUAAAGAUCCCGGAGUGUGUGAGAGCGAGGGAGGCUCUCGAAAAGAAGCGAGCAUUAGUCCUCAACCUAGCCGAAAAAAGGAUUAUAUCUCUCACCGUGUAUUUUGGGAACGAACAAUGUUUCAAGAUCCUUACACGAAAGAGGAUCGAGAAAAUUUCAAAAAGUGCGAUCAUGAAUGUGCCGAUGAGAAGCAUCAUAAUGUAGACGAGAAGACUGGUCAAGAACCUGUCAAAUCUUAUUGUACUCAAGAAAUAUUUCACACUCCAGUCGAUCCGAAAACCUUUUCCCUUGGACGGACAGGUUAUAUAUCAACUGAUGGCCAUCAUUUUACGUGCGAAAACCCAACAAAAAAUGUUGGUGACUUCCAUAUUGUAUUUGUUGUGGAUAGAAGUGGUUCCAUGAGUAUUGGAGAUUGCAAACCAAUUUGUUCAAGCACUGCCACCUCGAGAUUGAAGUUAUCGCACGACAAUCGACUCGGAGCUGUGUAUGAUGCAGUUUAUACCUUUAUUGAUAGCCGUCGUUCCUCACGAAAGGCAUCACCUUCUGGACAAAUGGCGGUGGAUCGCGAUACCGUAUCUUUGGUCCUUUUCGACCAUAAUGUUGACACUGCUUUCGAGAAUGAAAGUUUAUCGAAACAUGAAGAAUUAUUAACAAAGAUGAUGAAAUUUCGUCCUGGUGGUGAUAAUUAUUAUAAUAUUGGUAUUUACAAAGCUUCAGAAAUUUUCAAUAAAUAUUAUGAUGCUUCAAAGACGAACGUAAUUAUAUUUUUAUCGGAUGGUGAAUACCAUGCUCCGGAAACAGAAUUACGCCGCCUUUGCGAAAGAGAAGCGAACAGAGGGUCACCGAUCUUUUUAUACACUAUUAUGUUUACCGGAGGCACUUUUCAUAUGACUUAUGGGAAAUCGCUUCAACGAAUGGCUGAUAUCGCUUCUGAAUACCUUCCUAAGACGAACGACAAAGACUCGUUAAAAUGUCAAUAUGUUCUCGCCAUGAAUCAGAUAAAGUUGACAGAACAUUUUAUCGCGGUGGCUGAAAGUUUACGAAAGCAUCGACCAAUGUUAAUGCGUAAAUAA